AUGCCGAAUGCACCGACGAAGCGACUCGGCGUUGACUUAAAUGUUGAUACCGGAUACAAAAGGAAAGCAAGAGGAAGCAUCUCUCCCCCCCUGACACCGGAGACGGAGACUACUGGCAAAGAAGAUAUUACUUCAUCGAACCAGGCGCUUAAUCUACGGAAUAGGACGGGACAUACAUUUUUAGAUGACAUUACACCACUUGAUCCUUCCAACAAAGAACAUGAUCCUGAGAAUGUACGAGAUAACCGGGAUUCCCACGACCUUUCGCUUUCUCCCCGACAAGUUACCCGCGACUCAUUGGUAGAUCAUAUGCUACUUUCUCUAGACCAAUUCUCUUUCGGACAAGAAGAUUUUAGUCUGCGAAAUCCUACGCUUGACGAAGAUCGACUAUAUUCCUCUCUCGGUGAUGACGAACCAUAUCAAUCGACUCAGAAUUUCGCAGCUAGAGGUGGCAGAGGACACGCUUACUCCUACAGUUCCGACUACGAUCCGGCCGACGAUUCCAGUCGAUAUUCGGACAAAAAUUCACGCGGUCGAAGAAGCAAUAGCAGUUCCAAUUUUCAAACUGGGUUGGCUAGAAUCAAUAGCAUACGCAACGAUAUAGGCGGAUCGCUCAGAGGACCUCCAAUACCACCCCGCGGAGGGAGAAAAAAUACUGGCAGUAGUGUGGGGAGUAAGGGAAGCAGUGCGAAUAGUUUCGACCUUGGCUACGCACAAGUUACAAGUAAUCAGAGGUGGGCGCAUGGUUUGGCGGGAAGGUCUUCAAGCUUUGAUUACGGCAGUGAUAACCAGGCAACUUCCCCAUCGAAUGUGGAAAGACACAAUAUACAUGGUAUACCUCCAGUCUCUUCAUACGACUACGACGCGGCCCCUACACCCACAGUACCUGGCGGUCCACGACGUCCCCGAGCUACAUCCCCGAUUCUGGUUUCGCGACCCGAUCCUACGCUCAUCGAUCCUCCAAUGGAGAAGUUAGAGAGGAAAAGAAGUGCAAAGUCCUCGAAGAGCGCAUACAAAUCAAGAGGGUUCACAAAUCCUUCUAGGCAUGAAUAUGGCCUUAACGAUCGCAGUAAAGAAUUACCUCCUAUGCCGGCAUUCAUAAAAGAGCAAUCUCCCCCAACUGGCGAGGGAUGUCCAAAAACGAAAGAUGCUCUCCAGCCUGCGCAACCUUCCGCCCAAGUGCCCAAGGAUAGACCUGGUUUCUUUAGAAGAGUUUUCGGUUCUGCCAGGAACAACAAUGUUGCGGUGCCCGAGCCACCACCGCCGUCGCACGGUUCCACUACAUCCACUGAAACGGCUGACCGUCCAGGUAGCAAAACCCAUGUUGCUAACCAAAUGAAGUCUUACAACGCUGUACCAUCUCGAGAAAAUCCUACAGCCCCGAAAGAACACCCACAUGUACUUACCAAAAAGCCAUCGUCGUUCUUCCGUCGGCGCAAAAAGUCUGAGCCCGAACCUAUUCCCGUUCCAGCAAUGCCCAUGCCAGUGCCACCUAUGAAGUUUGAACCGCACAGAUUACGACCGGACAUUCUAGAUCUACACUCUGAGGCUAGCCCCGUAAGUAGUCUUCGCCAAGUCAUGAAUCCAUAUCUACACGGUCCCGGGAGACCUCCAAUUGAGGCUCAUCUACCAACGGCUAGCCUUGACCGACAAAUCAACGACAUUUCCGAUGAUGUUGAACGUAGACGAAAUGUUAGAGGCUUUUCUCCAGAUUACGAUCCAGAUCCAAAUGCCACAAUCAGACAAAUACCUCCUUCGAAACCAGCAUCAUCACAUGCUGGAGACAGCCGCCAGGCAUCGUAUUCCUCAAUCAAACAGCCACGUAGAUCGGCAAGUACCAAUCUGGCGACACCUGGUGGAUUCGAUGGGCAGACUAACCUGGAAGACCGUGAAACAAUCUUUCAAGAUUCUAGCGAGAAUGACCGUGACGCGAAAUCUGAGCUGGUGACCACGAAAGAUGUACCCGGUGGUACAUUAUUACCUAGCCCGGGCUCUCCUAGUCCCUCUCUUUCAGUGGUAAGAGAUAUGGCUCUUGUUGCGGAAUAUGAAAGAAUACACUCAAAACGUUCUCCAACGGCUUCCAAGGUCCCACUGAAACUCGAACCCAAGAUAGUAGAGCAUCCUUUGGAUUCACCUCGCAGUACCGCAGAUUCCAGAGAUAGUCAGGAACUACCAAUUGGUCCUUCCAAAGAAGAAGGUUGGGUAGUGCUUACUCCUUCCAAAUCAGAGUUUCUAGAGAAAGAUCGUGUUUGGUUGGAACCUGGAUCAUCGGAAGAAGAUCUACCAGCAACAAAUACUUUGAAACCCAGACACGCAAACUCAAUUGCAGCUACAGGAUCUACUGAUACGGUCUAUAAAUCCGCUGUUAGUUUGCCACUCUUGCAAGUCGAGGGACAAGAAGAAGGGCCGCCUUCUAGUCCUCUUAUGUCUGAUAGGGAGGAUGUUGUGCCAUUCGAAUACCCAGACUCGGAAGGAAUUUUUGAUACCCAACCCACAGAAGAAGACCAAGAUAGAGCACAGAAGAUUUACGAUGGAAACGAGGAUUUCGUUCAGAAGGAGAAGGCGACGGCAUGGUUGGGAGAUGAGGGACCUGCUCGAGUAAGGACUCUGAAAGCUUAUAUGAGCAUUUACGACUUUACGAACAUUAAUAUACUUGCUUCGAUGCGCGUAAUGUGUGGUAGACUGGUGCUUAAGGGUGAAAGUCAACAGGUUGACAGAAUAUUGGACGCUUUUUCGCAGAGAUGGUGUCGAAGUAAUCCCAACCAUGGGUUUAAAGCUACAGAUGUCGUGCACACAAUCUGCUACUCGGUUCUUCUGCUAAAUACCGAUUUACAUAUUGCCGAUAUUGAACAAAAAAUGACUCGUAGUCAAUUCAUUAAGAAUACAAUGCCUACGAUUCGUCGAAGUGUAGCAGAUUCCGCACAUGAAUUCGAGCCCAGUAGGCCAACGGUACUUCCUGGAAAAAGCUCCGCCUUCGAUGAUCCCAAUGUUAAUGACGAAAAUGCCGACGCUGCAUCGUUUGAAGCUUUCGAGAAACCCUCUUGGAGAUCUUCAUUCAAGCCUGCACCUCGCCAAGAAUCUGACAAUUCAAGCGCCCCAACACCUUUAGAUUAUGAUACUCCCAUGGACGAUUGUGGUCCCUUAGUCAAGGCACCCUUCCGUGGAACUUUACGUACCUGGGAAGUGCAAGUCGAGAUUGUUCUCAAGGAUUUCUACAACUCUAUCCGAAAUGAACGUCUUCCAUUAUUUGGUGCUGUUGAUAGGCCACACAUACCGGCUACUUCAUCUAGCACUCUUUCAGUGUUCACCAAUGGUAUGUUACGACGUACUCCUAGCGUUUUGAGCAAAGCUCCCUCUGAAUCGCCAAGUUAUCUUCGUGGAAGAACGGCGGAAACUGUGCGCAGCAACGGAAAGUGGAGCAACAAAACUCGAUCGAGACCUCGACUAUAUCCUAACUCGGGCUUGGGAUCCAGUCGAACUAGUUUGGAUGAUCAAUCCUCUAUGUGGAGUCCUUCGGUAUCAUCUAGUACCUGGAGCAAGUAUUCUCUUGGCAAACAUACCUCGAUGUCUGUCGAUUCUCUUGGUUCAGCGUUCCAAGGUGACUACCAACAAUCUAUUGGAUUCGCCAAUGCUCUCAGUCAAGCAAUUAUCCGUGAAGAGACGGUUCAUAGUUCAAGCAGCAGGGGUAGUGAUCAUGAAGAACUUCGAGUUGCUCCUCUACUCGAUGAUGAAUCUUUGGAACUUGCUGGCGCGCCAUGGGCGAAGGAAGGUAUGGUCAAGCACAAACAUCACCUGGAAGCUCUAGACAAGAAAUCCAAGGAUCGUAACUGGAACGAAACAUUCGCUGUGAUCGAGAAGGGCUAUAUGAGCUUGUUCUCAUUCUCCACGAAGAGCUUGCGACACAAGACUAAAGGUAAAACGAGUGGUGAAGUCUUCGGUGGUGGAAAUUGGCAAGAGAAUGCCGAAAAUCUUGGCUCAUUUCUGCUCCGACAAACAAUCGCUAGUGCACUGCCUUCACCAGGAUACUCUAAAGCUCGGCCUCAUGUCUGGGCACUUUCUUUACCUACUGGAGCAGUACAUCUCUUCCAAGUAGGUACAUCGGAUAUCGUUAAAGAAUUUGUUACAACAGCCAAUUACUGGAGUGCUCGCUUAUCAAAUCAUCCUCUUGUCGGUGGUAUCAGCAAUAUUGAUUACGGCUGGUCUGACGAGAUCGUAAAUAACGCCCUGGUCACCGCGAUACACGAACAAAACGCCAGGCCAUCAACUUCUGGUGCUCGACCAAGUAUGCAAAGCUCUUUACGAUCGAGUUUGGAUCACGGUUAUGGAGGUGGGAUCAGGUCAAAACUGCCGGGUGAUAGAAUCGCCAUAAAUGAUUGGAGUCCUCCUAUCCAAAGCAUGAGGGCUAGUAAUUUAAUGGAGCCGGAUCAAUUGAAAACAUUGGCGGCUUAUGUGCAGAGUAUUGAGGAAGAAUUACAGAAACAUAAUAUGUUGAGGAGUCCUAUGCUUUUAGCUUAUACACCGCGUCACCCUAACGCCCAGAGAGCAAUGGCAAAUUGGGAGAAAAAAUCCUCAUACUUACUUCGCGAAAUCGUGAAGUUUACGACAUAUAUUGAUAGUCUGCAUGCAGCUGAAGUAGGCAGACAAAGAAUUUAUACCGAGAGAGCGGCGCAUCGAGCUGUCGCUGAAAGAAAAGACGAAGAAGAAGAAGUAGAUGGUGAUACUACACUUACUGGAUGA